AUGUGUAUUAUCAUUAGUAAGACUGUUGAUAAUUUUCUGGAUGAAUAUCCCUCUAUGUCAUAUUAGGAUGCUUUUAGAAUUACUCCAGCCAUUGUAAUUCAUGGGGAUCUAAUUGUUUCUGCACUUGAAGAAGAGGCAUUUCAAGGCAAAAAUUGCAGUAAAUUCUAAGUAGUAUUUUUUUGUACAUCUUCAGCAUAAUAAUUAAUUAUCAUUAGAGCUUGUUAAAAUUUGGUUAUGUUGUUGGAGUUACAGGAGAUGAUGUUAAUGAUUCAUUAGAUAUUAAAUAAGGUGAUAUUGGCAUUUCUAUGGGUGUAAGUGGAUCUGAUGUUAUUAAAGAGGCUGCAGAUAAGAUUUUUUAAAUGAUGAUUUUGCUUCUAUUAGCAAUGAAGAAAGAUUUUUGAUAAUCUUAAAAAAACUAUUGACUGUCAUUUAAAAUCAAAUAAUACUGAAGUGUUCCAAUACAUAGGUGAAAUUGCUAUUGGAUUAUAACUUCCAUUAAGUAUUUAUUCUAACUAUUUGUAUUGGUACUGGAUUCUUAAUUUAUUUUGGUACAAUGAAUGAAGAUGGAUCCCCAAACUCUUCUUCUAUAAUUUAUGAAUACACCAUACGAAUAGAUUCCAUGAACUCCUAUUCCUCUUGCAAAUGGAUAGGAAUAUAUAUGCUUAAGCUCCUACAAGUUAGGUUUAUGCCUAAUAUGAACAAGUAUUUUUUAUUUAUAUAAACUAAUUAGUCCAUUUUUAAUAUGUCCGCCUUACUGUUAUCUUGCUUAAAUUUUCUUAUGCAAAUGUAAAUAUUUAUCUUAAAUCUUUAGAACGUAAAAUUUCAGUGAUUUUUUCACCUCUUUACACUGUUAUCUUUUACGGAGUUAUCCCUUAAGAUAAAAUUUUUCUUUAGAUUGUCUAUAAUCAGAUGAUACAUAAAUCAAUGAAGAGUAUGAGAAAAUCUGAAUCUUAAUCUGCUUAUGUAAUUGAAGAAGAGCAAAGAAUUUAUAUAAUAAUUUUAUUAAACAAUCUAUGGAAUAGAUCUUAUUUAAGAAAGCUUCAUUAACUUUCAAUCAUAGAAGAUUUUUUAAGUAUUUAAAUAUACAAAUAAAGUUUGGAGAUAAUAUUUUAAUCUAUAUUGAGUUUAGAUGUUUUUUUUGGUUUGAAUUUAGCUUUUAUAUAGAAGUUAAUUAUAAUUAGAAAUAGAAAAAGAAUGUUGAUAAAUUAUUUUAAAUAAUAUGCAUUUGUUGAUUUGGUAUAUGAUAGUAAAUAUAAAGGAUUUAAGGUUUCAUUGAAUACAGUGUUUUAGAUCUUUAAAUGA